AUGUCUUCAUCAUUAUCAACAGCGGUAUUAACAUCGACAUCAAAACCAACGGGAGAACGUAAUAAACAAUUAUCAGAAGUCAUCGAUCAAACAAAUGAACUCAGAAUAAUAACCUCGGCUUCGCGAUCAAUGUAUGAUCAAAUACAAGCACAAAUCGAAGAAAAUGAACCAAAAAUGGCUGCUUGUUCAAAUGAAAAAUUCUUGGAUUAUUAUAUAAGUCAAAACAAUUGUUUACGUGAACAACAAAGUCUUUUAUUACGACAACCAGUGGAAUCAGGUGUAUUCGCAAAAGAUAUGACAGAAAAACUUAUUGAAUUGAGUGCUGACAUUAAUCAUGCUGUUCGAUCGUUUACAAUUAUUCCGUUACUUGAAGCUUACGUUAUGGGCAGAAAACGAAAGGACAAUGGCGAAUUAUUUGAAGGAACAUCAUUAGAUUUGAAGAAUAAUUUUGGUAAUACAUUAACUCGUACCAUUCGUUAUCCUUUAUACGAUCAUGCUAAAAUGGCUAUUUAUGCUGAAAUACAUCUUCGUGCUAAUCAAGGUUGUUUUCGAACGCCCACAGUCAAAACGGAUGACAAUACAUUGUUAAUGAAUGCCAUUUUGCAAGAUGUCUCGAAAGUCUGGCGUGAAAAAAACUGGCCACAAAAGGCACCGAAAAUUUGUUUGCAAGAUACGGAUAAUAAGGAUGAAAAUCUUGCAUGGUCAUCAGAAUGUCCCGAAUUGUUUCAAACAACAAAAUCAAAUAGUUUAAAAAUGGAAGAUAUAUCCUCUUCAAUAAAUAUUGCCAAUUGUCUUCGACAUAGUAGUGCCAAUACAAGUUUAAAUGAGUCAGCAUCAAUGGAUCUAAUCGGUUUUAUUAAGAAGAGCAGUGAUAAUGAUGUUAUUUCAGUUAUUGAAAGUACCGGUUUCACACUUGGUAAAUAAAAUAAAAUCAGCAGCAUAAGGGAGAUAACUGAGUAAAUAACCAUUCGUCGAUUUGUCUGAUACGUCAACAGUCGUUGUUUUAGAUAAAAACACUUCUGCUGAACUUAUCUAAAGUUAUAUAGUAUAAUACUGUUCUUUUUAUUGUUAAGAACCUGUUGGUUCAUGUGAUCAAUCAUCAGGUUAUCAUUUCAUUGUUCUUCUUCACUAAACUUCAGCAACUGAAAUGAUUGGAAAGACGAAAUAUGAGAAUCAAAUAUUCCUAUUAUUCAUCGCAUUGCAUAAAACAUUUCACAGUUCCUUUAAAAGAAAAUUUCUACUAUGAUCAGUUAAAUACUUGAAAAAAAUAUUUUGAAAGGCAAUAGAAACUUCUGAUUUUUGGGAUUCUAUAGUCACGACUUUAAACUAGGUUUUUGUAACUAAAACAAAGUUGAAAGUGUUUCUCAAUGACCGGUUUUUACGGAGAUCUCUAGAGAUCUCUCUAACUCCAAACGAUAAAGCAGCAAUAGAUUGGUUGUUUUAUGAGUAAAUAGCCUAAAGUACCCUCUUGAAAAUGGGAGACUUAAAAUGAGACUUUGAUUUUGAGUAAUUUGGACGCGGUAUGUGGUUUCCACGGAGCACCAGGACUGGCACUCAGUGGCUUCCAGUAACAUUGAAAGAAGAGGAGAAGUACAUAG